AUGGCGGGCGACUUCAAGCUGUCGGCGCAACUCAUGGGCCACGAAGCUGAUGUACGAGCCGUUUGUUUUCCCUCCGACAACUUCGUCCUCUCCGCGUCCAGAGACUGCACUGUACGCCUCUGGCGCCGCGGUCCCAAGCCACCGCCGUCCUUCGAGGGCACUGUGAUAAGCCGGGGAUCGGAAUACAUCAACUCCUUGACCUUUUUUCCACCAUCAAAAGGGCGGCCAGACGGCCUGGUCGUCUCGGGCGGCAAGGACACCGUCAUUGAGGUCAAGUCGCCGCGCUCGUCCUCGGCUGACCACGCCGAGCGCCUCCUCAUCGGGCACUCGCACAAUGUCUGCGCCCUGGACGUGUCCCCCAACGGUACCUAUCUCGUUUCCGGAGGGUGGGACGGGCAGGCUCGCGUCUGGGACCUUAAUCAGUGGGAGACGAGGCUCAUGCUAGGAGGCCACGAGGGCAUGUCUGUCUGGGGCGUCGUGGCCCUGGAUGACAAGACGGUUGUUACUGGCUGCGCAGACAAGAGCAUCCGAGUAUUCGACCUGAGCCGAUCCACCAGCGGCGAGGUCAUGCCAAAAUCAACAAUCCACACCCCCGACGUCGUGAGAGCGCUAUGCAGGGUCCCGAGCGGUCACGCGAGUGGCGCCGACAUUGCAAGUGCUAGCAACGAUGGCACUGUGAGGCUGUGGAAGCUGAAUGGACAACAAGUCGGCGAGCUCCACGGCCACGAAAGCUUUGUCUAUUGCUUGGCAACCUUGCCCUCGGGCGAGCUCGUCAGUGCCGGUGAGGAUCGAACCGUCAGGAUAUGGAGAGGCUUGGAGUGUGUGCAGACAAUCACCCAUCCGGCUAUCUCCGUCUGGGCGGUUGCGGCCAACCCUGAUACCGGCGACAUCGUCAGUGGCGCCAGUGAUGGUGUUGCUCGCGUCUUCACCCGUCGUCCGGACCAAGUCGCCGACCAGGAGACUCUGACGCAGUUUGAAGAGUCGGUCAAGUCCUCGUCUAUCCCCCAGCAGCAGGUUGGCAACAUCAACAAGGAGAAGCUCCCCGGCCCCGAGUUCCUCACGGCCAAGUCGGGCACCAAGGAGGGUCAGGUACAAAUGAUCAAGGAAAGCAAUGGCAACGUGACUGCUCACCAGUGGUCGGUAGGCCAGCAGCAAUGGAUAAGCGUAGGCACCGUCGUCGACGCCGUCGGCAGCACCGGCAAGAAGGUGGAAUACAACGGACAGUCGUACGACUUUGUCUUUGACGUCGACAUUGAAGAUGGCAAGCCUCCCCUCAAGCUUCCGUACAACCUCUCCGAGAAUCCGUACGAGCGAGCUACCAAAUUCCUCGGCGACAACGAGCUUCCCCUGAGCUACCUGGACAGCGUGGCCAACUUCAUCACCGAAAACACAAAGGGCGCGACGCUGGGUCAGACAUCCCAGCCCGGCGGGCCAGACCCCUACGGCACCGAGUCCCGCUACCGGCCCGGGGAAGCGCCGCAGCCUCAAGCGCGGGUGCUUCCCCAAAAGGAGUACCUGAGCAUUUCGGCGGCCAAGUACGAAGCCAUCUUCACAAAGCUCCUCGGCAUCAACAAGAAUAUGGUUUCGUCCGGGCGCAAGGACGCUGCUCUGAAUCCCGGCGAGGAGUCGGCGCUGCGGUCACUCCGGGAGGCGCUCGAAGCCGCGAAGCCAAUCACCUCCCAGGCGCUCGAGUUGGUUGUCCGAAUCGUCACGCAAUGGCCGUACAGCGAUCGGCUGCCGGGCCUGGACGUCCUCCGCUGCGUAGCCAGGUAUCCCCUCGCAGCACAGUACUCGGGCCUCCAGGGCAAGACACUACUAGACGUGGUCAUUGGCUCGUCGGUCCCCAGCGGCGAGGCGCCCGGCGAAAACGCGGCCAUGAUGGGCGCGCGGACCGUUGCCAACCUAUUUGGGUCGGCCGACGGCCGCAGCCUCGCCAGCGGGCAGGCCGACAAGGCCCUUGCCUUUCUCGAGCGCCUCGCGGGUAUCGACGGCGGCGAGCCCGUGGGCAGGUCGAACCGCAACGUCCUCAUCGCGCUGACCACGUCGCUCGUCAACUUUGCCGUCCUCGCGCAGCGGGAGAAGCUGCUCUCCUCCACCCAGCGGCGGCGCCUCGUCGCCCUCGCCGGCGCGGCACUCAAGGACCAGGCCGACGCCGAGGUCCUGUACCGCGCGCUCGUGGCACUCGGCACGGUCCUGGGGGACACGGCGCAGGCGGCCGGCGGGCUAAAUGUUGCCGAGUGGAUCCACGCCGCCAAGGGUCGGUGCGCGGAGGAGAGGGUGCAGGGCGUGGCCGACGAGUGCCUGAGCCUGACGCGAUGA